CACGACACCACAACGAACCGGCCGUUUGUUGUUUGUUGUUGUUCGCUGUUCGUGUGUUGUUGUUGUGUGCGCGAGUUGUGGCAGCACGCACAACGAACCAAACCACACCAACGAGCCACGACGAUCCCCAACCAAGCACAACGCGCAUAGCAAUCACGGUUGUGUGUGGUGCUGGUUUGCCGACUGGCCGACUGACUGCUGUGUGACUGGACGUCUUUUGGGUGUUGUUGAUCGUGGACAGCCCUCGCUUUGCGGUUUCUUUGCCUUUGGCGUUUCUCGCUCGUUCGUUGACCCAAGCAGCUCGCAAGCAAAGCCAGCCAUGUCAAGUGGUGGCGAUGGAAGGCGGCGCAGGCGCCGCAUGCCAAAGCCCAAGGAAACAUCGUUCCUGGAACACAUGCACACAGACCAUGGCGCGCUGGCCCAGGAGCGUGUGAUCCGGGACCUGCGUGCUGCUGUGCGCUCUGUUGAGACAGAGAGACCAUACACACCGGCAGAUCGGUCGCGAGGGUUGUUUGGUGCAAGUCGCGUUGGCGAAGGCCAGCACAGUCGCAUUGGCUCUGCCAGCUCAGUCCAGGGUGCUAUGGACCUGAGGCCGCCCUCAGCUUUCGCAAUUGGCCGAAAGCAGUUCCUUGCCAACCUGCCUGAGACAGAGGACCUUGAGCGGCCCAUGACUGGCGUGCGCCCGUCCACCCGCCGCAACCCGCCAUCUGUUGCACGAACAAGCGCUGCCAACGAGGAGCCACGGCGGCGGUGCAUGUCAACGUCGUCGUCCCUCUCCUCGGCCGGGCGAACCCGCUCCUCAUCACGCAGACGGCUUCCCUCCGGGUCUGACGAGCACGGCGAUGCGAACGACCCCGACAUCCCCGCGGCAAAACAGAGCUCCCAACGUCGCAUGAUGCCCCGCCCCCCGCCGCGGCGGCCCCCCGCGGCGAUGGACACGACGGCCGAGGAGCACACGUCUGCAUCCACACCAACAUCCGCCCUCUCCCGCUCAGCAUCGUCCAGCAUGAAGGUCAUCAACCACACCACCACCACACCAGCAGGAGCGAAUGCGCCGCCACCACCAUCAUCGUCGUCGUCAGCGUCAGCGUCGUCACAGCAGCGCACGCGGCCGCGCCCACCAACUAGGGAAGGCACGGCUGCUGGGCGGCGGGCAACGAGUGCAGACACGCAACCGCGGCUGGCGUCGGCCGUUGUUGUCGACAACUCCCGCUGGCAGGAGCUCGAACCCCUCCUCACAAAGUUGAGCGUGGAGGAGCCCAUCGACUCGCUCCUCGACCUCGUCGCAACAAUCAGCAAACUCCUCAACAAUAAGCCGCUGUACAACGGGCAGCGUAACAGCGAGCUGCUGCGCUCGCUGUACCGGUUGACGGAUCUCUCCGAUCCUCGGCUCCUUGCCCGCGUCGGCCGUCUUAUCCUCAUGAUUACGCGCAAGGGAACUGUGAAGAACGUAUGCAAGAUGCUGUUCAAGCUCAGUCGCAACGAGGCCAACGACGCUUUGUUGCAGCAGGAGAAAAUCCCAGAUGUGCUGGUUGGGGUGCUCGAGGUGUGCAAUCGCCAGGAGCAUGUGGAGGGUCUUGUCUACUGCUGCGGCGCAAUCAAAAACCUCUCGAGUAGCGCUGAUGCGCAGGCGUAUUUUGUUGAGCGCGGCGUUCUUCCCGUCAUGAACAGGCACCUCCUCGACAUUAUUCAAAACCUCCCGCCGGCUGGAACGCAGAUGAGCUCGUACACGGGCCAUCUCCUCGUGCAGAUGACGGCUGCGCUCCGCAACCUCGCCGUCAACACCGCGCACCUCCCAGCGUUCGAGGAGUCUGGGCUGGUCCAGAGCCUGUGCGCGCUGCUGGAGCUGUUUCCUUCCGAUAAGGACCUCGUUCUCAACAUUAUGCGCAUCUUCAGCAAAGUGACGAUGACGCAGCAAGGGCGCGGGGCGAUAGCGCAGGUGGCAAAUGCAGUAGCGAGCAUUGCCAAGCUUGCCGAGCGCCACGGCGGCCGCAAGGCCCUGUGUGUGCGCAUCUACUUUGUGCUGGGCAACUUGACGGCUGAGGACGCGGAGUUGCGCUCGGAGUUGUUUGAGGCAACGCGGCGCGGGCACACACUGCUCGACACGCUCUCUCGCCGCGGCAAAGAACUUGUGGCGGUAUUGGGGGCGGAAUCCAGGAGGAACAAUGCAAUGGACAACGGAAGCGAUGGUGAUGAUGAGGACGAUGAUGCAGCACAACAGCAGAACGGCGGUGGUGGUCACGACGAUGAUGAUGACGACGAUGAUGAAGAGGGCAAACCGCCAGCGCCGCCAAAUUCAAACACCGCAAACAGCAAGAAGACGUCGGAUCUCGAAGACCUCGUCAUCAAGCUGGUGCGGGUGAUUGCGAAUCUGUGCAUCUCGCCCGAGUUUGGUGCGCAUCUUGCAGGCGACGGGCGGCUGUCGCUGCUGCUGGACGUGUGCCGUACGGACGCCGUCACGGCAGGGCACCACGACCUCCUCAUGAACAUUGUUGGUUGUGUGAACAACUUGAGCUUCUACCAUUUGGACGACAACUUUGUGCUUGUGCAUCGACUUGACUUUGCGCAGACCCUGGCGCCGUGUCUCCUCAGCCAGAACAUGGACCUUGUUGUCGAGGUUGCGCGCGUGUUUGGCAAUUUCUCCCAAGCCAAGGAAAUCCGACAACUCCUCGUCGACAACAGAGUUGACGAGCUGCUGGUUGUGCUGCUGGAGCACACGAACCGGGACGUGGUGUACUCUGUGUGCGGCAUCCUCAUGAAUCUGCUCGGCGACCAGGACUGCCGCCACGUCAUGCAGAAGAACGACUACAGCGGCAUUGACAGCCUCAUUGAUGUUGUAGCCGGCACUGCGGGCCAGGACUGGCAGCUUGCUGGGCUGGCGUGCAAGACGCUGUGGAACUAUGCGGAGCGGCUUGGGCAGGCGGACGGGCGGGAGCUGAUGGCACGCGAGCAGAUGGAGGACCUGGUCGACGUCCUCGCAAACCUCAUCGCUGACGAUGCUGUUCCCAAGGACGAAGCGAGUCGAGAGGCAUAUGAACACGAGUUUGCUGGUGUUGCUCGCCAUCUGCACCGCCACGUCUCAGACUGCCUUAACCCCAUGGAGCCCCUCUAGCUCAUUAUGCAUGGGCAAACAACGCGUGUGCAUUGUGUUGAAUCGUCCCUUACCACGAUGUUUUCGAUGCUGUGUGUCGUGUUUUUUUUUUUGUUUGAUCCUGAUGGUGGCCGCUGUGCCCAUUGCAGGUGGUAGCUCUCUUGUUGAUCGUUGUGCUGAACUUGUCCUUCUCCUGUUUGUGCUAGAUAUGAUCCUGCGGCGGUUGAGUUUGAUGUGUAUGAUAGCUUUGAGGUUCCGGCUCCCACAACUCGUUCCUGUCGUGUACUUGUGCUGUGCUGUGCUGAGCCAUAUGCCCUGGAUGCUUGUUGUUGUUGUGCGCUCAGGCAUGGCUUGUGCAUUUAUGUACAUGUGUGUGUGUAUGUGCAUGUGUGCGUGUGUGCGUGUGUGCGCGCGUGUAGCUCCUGUCUGGUUCGUGUGUGCACUAUGAUAUGAGCUCCCAUCACACCAACACAGCCCCUAUUUCAUUCCACUUCCCUUUUGUGCUUUGAUCCGCUUCUCGCCAUAUUAUUUCGACAUACGCUGACUCUUCCCCCUGCCAUUGCUUCUGCUGUUGGUGUUGGUUUUGGUGUUGUGUGGUGUUUUGUUGUUCUCCAUCUGCGCGGUUGUGCGACCGCGGUCAUAAACACAUGUACAGCAGCGACCGGCUGGGGG